AUAUAUGUAUUUAUAUUCUCACCGAUAUCACCGUAACCAAAUUACAAUCAACUCAAGACAGAAUUGUAUGCUUAUUUUAUUGGUAUGAAUAUUUGUAUAUAGACACAAAUACUUCUACCGGAAUACCUACAUACCCGUAUGAAGCAAAUUGAAGAAAAACUAAAAGUAAAAUUGAAAAUUAAAAUAAAAUGAGCAAAUACACAUCAAAGUAUCUGGAAGAAAAACUAGCGGAUAAAUUGGGAGCACAAUACGUGAAUGCGAUUGACGAAUCGGACGGUUGUGGUGGUAAAUUCAGUGUAACUAUUGUUUCAGAGGCAUUCCGUGGUAAGACAUUGCUGCAGAAACAUCGCUUAGUGAAUAGCGCUCUUGCGGAGGAGCUUAAGGAAAUACACGCCUUCUCACAAAAAUCAUACACACCCGAAGAGUGGGAGAAAGUGCAACAGCAAUUGCAAUAAUAUUAAUGUAAAAAUU